AACUACUGUUUCCAAUCAAUUAGAAUGAUCAUUUCAAUUCUACAUUUUUCAUUGGUUGAUAGAAGAAUGUUCUGUACAUUUCACUUAUUCACAUUCUAUCCACUUGUUUAUCAAGUUGAAAUAAAUUAACCUACCUGCAUUCAUGAUUUCUUUCUUCACUGUACGGUUACGUAUUGUAUUAUGAUGGCCUCACUACUUUCUCUUCGGUAACGUUGAAAUGUGCUAAAUUCUGAUUUUUUCGUUGCAAUUGUUAAAACUAAUACUGAUGUUGAUCAAAGCUUCUCAAGAGUGCAAAUCAAUUACUCUUGUGUUAAUUGUACUCCUGAUUAUCUGGCUGAUAAUUCUUGCACCUAGUUCAUAUUUCUUGGAUUCAAAACCAGGAAACAGAUUCAUAUCGUCAGGAAUAAAUGAGUCAAUACUUCCGAACGAAUAUGGUUCAUAUGCUAAUCGGUCUGACUUAGCUGCUAUCCUACACAAAACAUAUUCUACUCAGACUAGAUUAGCUGUUCAGAAAUAUCCCCUGUAUUUUAGUUUAGAAGAAGAAAGGUUGAAACAGCUGUAUGACACAAUAAAAGAAGAAAAGAAAGUGAAGAAGUUUCUUAGAUUUUAAGGAAGAAGAAUUUUUACACCUAUGAAUUUUUCCCACUGUCAUGCGAAGGAGUGUGAUGUCAUUAAUGAAGUGGAAAGAUGGCGAGAGGCUGAUGCAUUAAUAAUUACAACAUCGGGACUGCCAGAUGGCGUACGUCCACCAGGACAAUUAUGGUUUGCGCUAAUACAUGAAUCUCCUUUACAUGUCCCAUUGGCAAACUCUCUGAAGAAUGAGGUGAACUUUACCAUAUCUUAUCGUUUCGACUCAACAGUUUAUUCUUCGUAUGGUUAUUAUGAGCCACAUAUCAAAACUCACGGACCAGAGACGAGAUAUCCACUACCUUCUCGUAACAUUGCGGCUGGGAGAUCUAAAAAAGUGGCGUGGUUUGUAAGUAACUGUAUACCGAAGAGCCCUAGAAUGACAUAUGCCAAGGAAUUAUCUCGACAUAUAUCCGUUGACAUAUACGGUGGAUGUGGCACGAAAUCGUGUCCGAAGAAUAAAGCAACAUUUGCUUCAACGCCUGAAUGUUUAAGUACGAUUCGUGAAAACUACAAAUUUUAUUUGAGCUUUGAGAACAGUUUGUGUUCGGAGUACAUAACUGAGAAACUCUACAGAAAUGCCCUCAACAACGAUAUACUUCCCAUUGUGAUGGGAGCUUCAAUUGAGGAAUACGAAAGGGUUGCUCCGCCAUACUCGUUUAUUCACGUAGAUCAGUUUGAAUCACCAGCAAAACUUGCAGAAUACUUGAAUUACUUGGACAAAAACGAUACCGCCUACAAUGAAUACUUCGCUUGGCAUGGUCAUGGUAUUAUCCACGACUGGGGUUCUCAACCACAGUUCGCUAUGUGUUUACUAGCACAUACUUCUCCCUUGUUUGGACCGUAUUGGGUUCCACAAGCAGGUAGAUGGUGGAAUGAUGGAUGCAACGGACGGAGACUGCGAUGGGGAUCGUAAUUGUACUCGAAUGCUGAGAAAACACAAGUUUCCUUUGUUUCGUGCUCCUUCAAGUGACCAAACACAUCUUAUGGAUGUUUACUUUUUCUGUGCAAAUAAUUUCCUUACACAUCUUCUUUGAUAUUAUUGGUAAUUAAAAUAGUAAAAUUCGACCGAUGCAUACAGAAUAUUUAAUUAAGAGUAUUGAAUUCUCAUCAACACUGACCUUCUCCAAUCUAUGUGAGAAAAAUAUUUUUCACCGAAGAAUUUCUACUUCUUUUUUGAUAAGAAAAAGACAAUUAUGUACUUCAGUGGUUUUUAUUACACU